CACAGGAAGAACUGCGUGCAGACUCCAGGAGUUUCUUAUUUUCACUUCUUGAGUAGUUAGUUCUCUGUGGAUGGAGAAAGAUUUGAGUCUUAAUUGCCCUGUUUUCAAGGUGUUCUGUGUAGUCUGAACUGGGCCACUUCCCAAUGAGCUACACAGCCAGUCCUUGUCAGGAACUGGUUGAACCCUGUGCAGUGCAUGCAGAAGGAAUGGCCCAGGAAGAGAGCCAUCGAAGUCAAGCACCACCCACCUUCUAUCAUGGUGCUAGCCAGGAGCUCGACCUGUCCACCAAAGUGUAUAAAAGGGAAUCUGGAAGCCCUUACUCUGUUCUAGCAGAUUCCAAGAUGAGCAAACCGCAUCUCCACGAGACCGAGGAGCAGCCAUAUUUCAGGGAGCCAAGGGCAGUGUCUGACGUGCACACUGUCAAAGAAGACCGGGAGAAUUCUGACGACACAGAAGAGGAGGAGGAAGUCUCUUACAAAAGGGAGCAGAUCAUAGUGGAGGUAAACCUUAAUAAUCAAACAUUAAAUGUAUCUAAAGGGGAAAAGGGUGUCUCUUCUCAGUCCAAAGAGACUCCUGUUCUUAAGACAAGCAGCGAGGAAGAAGAGGAAGAGACUGAGGAGGACGCCACAGAUAACAGCAGUGACUACGGGGAGAACGGACGGCAGAAGAAAAAGGAGAAGCAAGUGGAGAAAGUCAGGGUUACACAAAGGCGAACCCGGAGAGCUGCCUCUGUUGCCGCAGCUACCACUUCCCCUACGCCCCGUACAACUCGAGGCCGGAGGAAGAGUGCAGAGCUACCUAAGAGGAAGAAGCGGGCCGCCAAGGAGCCUAAAGCGCCAGUCCAGAAAGCUAAGUGUGACGAGAAGGAGACUCUCACCUGUGAGAAGUGCCCUAGGGUGUUUAAUACGCGCUGGUACCUGGAGAAGCACAUGAACGUUACUCACAGGCGCAUGCAGAUCUGUGAUAAAUGUGGCAAGAAGUUUGUCCUGGAAAGUGAGCUGUCCCUUCACCAGCAGACAGACUGUGAAAAAAACAUUCAGUGUGUUUCCUGUAACAAAUCCUUCAAGAAACUCUGGUCCCUUCAUGAACAUAUCAAGAUUGUCCAUGGAUAUGCAGAAAAAAAAUUCGCCUGUGAGAUUUGCGAGAAGAAGUUCUAUACCAUGGCUCAUGUACGGAAACACAUGGUUGCACACACAAAAGACAUGCCAUUUACAUGUGAGACCUGUGGAAAGUCUUUCAAGCGCAGUAUGUCACUCAAGGUGCACUCCUUGCAGCAUUCUGGAGAGAAACCCUUCAGAUGUGAGAACUGCGACGAGAGGUUCCAGUACAAGUACCAGCUCCGCUCCCACAUGAGCAUCCACAUCGGGCACAAGCAGUUCAUGUGCCAGUGGUGCGGCAAGGACUUCAACAUGAAGCAGUACUUCGACGAGCACAUGAAGACGCACACUGGAGAGAAACCUUUCAUCUGUGAAAUCUGUGGCAAAAGCUUCACCAGUCGACCCAACAUGAAGAGGCACCGCAGAACUCACACAGGCGAGAAGCCCUACCCCUGUGACGUGUGUGGUCAGCGAUUCCGCUUCUCCAACAUGCUGAAGGCCCACAAGGAGAAGUGCUUCCGAGUGACCAGCCCAGUGAAUGUGCCACCAGCGGUCCAGAUCCCAUUGGCCUCAGCUCCAGCCGCCCCAGCUCCAGCCGUGGCCAACACUCCCACGAGCCCAGCCCCCGCAGUCAGUAUGAACCCUGUGGGUGGUGCGCUUCCCUCAAGACCCGUCCCACACCCCUUCUCACACCUGCACAUCCACACGCAUCCACACCACGCGCACCACCUUCCCAUCCCUCCUGUGCCUCACCUGCCCCCGCCUCCAGCUCUCUUCAAGAGUGAGCCCCUAAACCACAGAAGCCAGAGCGAGGACACCUUUCUGAGGCACCUGGCAGAGAAGAACAGCCCAGCCCAGGCCCAGCAUCAUUAGCACCAGCCGGUGAGUCCCCAUGGUGAGUCGGCAGAAGGGCUGCAGCGGACUUCUCUGGGGCCUUCCUGUUUCCAUGGCCUCCGUCAGGGCCUCUGCCAUUGUCCUGGGGAACCACAAGACUGACAUGAGGGAGUGAGUAAGAAGACUGCCCUUGAAACCAGGGGAACCACCGAACUAAAGCCCAAUUUGCUUGCAUUUUCUGAUGACUUUUAUAAAUUUCAGAUACUGUGAUUGUGGGAUUUUAUAAUUUCAUAUCAGCGGAUGAGGUAUGCUUGCUUUUAUAUCCCGGUCUUCUCCUCAAAGAGGGGAUGGGCCUGGUUUCCUUUAUACUAAUCGGGAAGGCUGUGAGAUUAAUCCGGAGCAUUAACUGUAUCACUGUGUAUUGUAAUGAAUUCUUUUCAGCUUUUGGUGCUGGCUGCAGAGUCGCGCUGGCCUUGUUUCACACAAUAUCAAGCAUUAUAGAGAAGGUGGGAGUUUCCUUCUUUGUGUAGCUCUUUUAACACACUCUUUAUUUUACUACAGAAAUUAUUUUAGAGGUUUUGUAUAGACUUUAGUAGUCUGUUUCUAAAAUGAGAUGUAUUUCAAUAAGCUGUGUAAUUUUUUCAGUGUAGCUAAACCCAUGUUGUAAAAUAGAUAAAUUUUUAUAAUCAUCAAAAUGUGAUUCUUAAAGAUGCAUAAAUAACUUCUAUUUCAAAUGUAUUCUUACAUCCGUACAACUCAAAGGUGCUUCUGAGACUGGAUGUAUCUGAGCAGCUCACCAGACCAGGUACAAAAGCAAGGCUCAGUACAAAGUUAGUCCUUAGUGAGUUGAAAGUCUGCUGGGCGUUCAGUCCGUUGGGCUCACUGACACAGCCAACGUUGGUGUCCCUUUGAGCUACUCUGUGGAUUCAUUGGGGCGGUGAGUGGGAAUGGGGUCACCCAAAGUUAGCCGGGUUUAUAAUGUGAAUGGCGUUUGUGAAUGCCCUCUGGAGGAAGCGGCAGAGGUCAUUUCCUUUGACCACAUCUGUUUCUCAAUUUUCUUAGGAACCAUGUUGUACUCAGCUGUUAGGGGAAGAUGAAUUGGACCUCUUGCUUUGAGGUUCCUGUGUUUUCCGAGAGUUGUUAGAAGAAGCUGAUAUGGUGAACCGAAAUCACAAACGUAAUUGCUGAUCAUGACUGAGAAAUGUGGAUGAGAAGACAAGUUGGCUUUUGAGUUUUAAAAUGUCUGCAGUCUCUAAAACGUGGAUGUCCACAACUGACCGUUAUCUGCCAUUGAAACUGUAGUGAGAGGGAACCCUAGUUCUGCUGCCUGCCCUCUGCAGAGAAGUGGGGCUGCAGCAUCUUAAGUGAGGAAGGAGCAGUGCCCUCGCCUCUCCAGUGCAGCUUACUCGGUCAAGAUUUGGGGAGCUUGCACAGCAUGGUCACCCUGCAGUGGUUUAUACGGAAGGCCAAAGACAAGGGCUAACAUGGUAGUUUCAGUCAAGUGACGCGUGUGCACAGCACAGCCACACGCUCUGUGUUCUUCUUCUCAGAGGCUGAGUUCUGAGAAUGGCCCCUGCCUUCUGCCUCUCUCCUCCUCAUCUCUCUGUCCUCAGGUUCCUAAAUCAGAACCCUAGCUGUUACUUAUUCCUCUGUGAUACUAAAUGCACAGAUAUGCGUCACGCACUUUUUUUUCUGGCUACUUAACUCUGCAGUGGGGACACACAGACUCUGGCCCGAGGUUAGGUCACACUCUAAAUAGUUCUCUUUGGUUUACUAUUUCUAGAUUUACUCCAGUUUUGCCCUUGUCUUCUCUAAACAUAGGAAAAAUUGUGUGCUGAGUCAGGAAAGCAUCUCAGGACACACGCGCUUUCCCUACAGUUUUAAUGAAUGGCAUUUUUAAUAUUUGCAUACAUUCUUAGAACCCUCACCUACCCAAGGCAAACAAGGAAAUAGAUUCCUUUUCUGAAUGUCGUGACUGACAAGUCACCCUCCCCCCACUUACCUCCACAGUCUCCUUUGCAUCCUAUGGGAAGUCUGCAAACCCACACUUUGAUGUUGGCAUAUCAAUAUUUCAUGAUUCAGCCUAUAACAUUAAAAUAUUUUUAUCAAAAAGGUA